AUGACAAGUUUGAAUGUGAUUUUCUACAAGGCUGUCGAUGUGCCUCUAGAGUUCAGAAUCGACGUACAUAACACCUUGAUUAUGCCAACCGGAGUGAUGGUGAUGAUACAUGAGAUUGGGACAUUUCCUCACAUCACUCAGACGUAUCUUCUGGACGAGUGCGCCCUGCUUGAUUUGCGUAUCACACGCAAGUUCCAUAUGCCCAUGAAACGAAGUAUGACUCGCAUUCACGACGACAAUGACGACCCAUCUGCAAUUAUGCCAUGCCAACCGACUAGACGAAAUUACACCUACAUCAACGUUAUCACUCGUCAGACACGUGUCUAUGCUGGUGUCUGGGUCGAUUGUGUGUUUGAGCAUGUACAAAAUCUUGUAGCAGAAUUUUGUGCCUGUUUGAUGGAGCAGUUUCCGGUGCAUGAACGAUUUGCCAACCUUCCAUUCUGCAAAGAUCCCAACCAAAAUAUUUCCAGCCUCCAUUUACACAAUUGUCUGCACGAAGUGUAUGUACGCAUUUUUGGGGAAGAGUUCGCCUCCAUCACUGAGUGCUAUCGCGACUUUUGCGAACACGCCUCUUUCUCGACGGUGAUAUCACACUCACGAUUUCCUGCUGUUGAGGCGAGAAAGUCGCAUCUCAACUGGUUACAGACUCUGGCCGGAAUGGAGGUUGAUGAGCGUGCUCACUUUGCCGGAAAGUCUGAUUUGGCCAGAUAUGCUCUUCGGUUGCCAGCCAGCAACAAUUUCUCCGAUGCCAGCGCCAGUAGAGAAGAGUGGAGUCUAGUUCGGGCAUAUCGUGAAGGUCGCAUAGAUCUGCUGAACAUCGAGUUCGUAGAGCGUAACUUUAUGCUACUUCGAGUGGUGCCAGCCUCGCUGUUCAUGGACCGUGUAGAGGAGACUGAAGAGUAUCCUACCAGCAGGCUUCUGUCCGACGUCGGUGGUUGUGUCGGUCUGUGGCUGGGCGCGAGUCUCGUAACUGUAUUCGAGCUUUUGGAUCUGAUUUUCGACUUUUUUGAACUAUCCCAAUGGAGUCUUGCUCGUCGACGUUUCACAGACUCUGAAAGGCGCCGUCUAAUGGCAGAAAUCGAGGUAUGGAGAGAUCGAGCUCUCCGAAUGGAGGAGCAACAACAACUGAACCAUCCCAGCAGCCAUAUUCCGUCGAAUUCCUACGAAAAACAGGUGAAUGACAACAAUAUGGUAUAUGAUGGCUUACGAAAGGAUGCCAGUUUUCAUUCAUUUACUGGCUUGUAUACAGAUGGAGGAAUGACAUUGAUGCCAGGAGUCUCAGCGGCCCUAGAAAACUGUUUAGGUACUGCGGUUCCGGCAGAUGUCCAUACCAACUGGUUGGCUCCUUGGCUGCAGGCAAAUGAAAAGCCAAGGAUGUCCCAAGCAAUAAUAAAGGACGACACUUUAGCGACUUCAUUAGGGCAGGUACAGCAUCAGUCUGGAUCUGUUCAUCAACUUGGCAUGGAGAGUCUGUAG